GGGGCGCCCAUCUUCCUCCGUGCGGCGGAGCCGGCGGGACGCGGCGGGGGCAGCAUGGCUGUUGGAAAAACCCCACGUUCCCACGGGUCGGAAAAACGCCCCGCGUGCAGCACCCGGUCUCAGCUAGAGCUGGAGAUGGACGCGGAUAAGGGGAAGCAGCGCCAGUACUCGCAGAGGAUGGCGGAGCCUCGCUUCAACAACCCCUACUUCUGGCCGCCCCCCCCCACCAUGCCCAGCCAGCUGGACAACCUGGUCCUGAUCAACAAAAUCAAGGAGCAGUUGAUGGCGGAGAAGAUCCGACCCCCGCACUUGCCCCCCACCUCUGUGGCCUCCCAGCAGCCCCUCCUGGUGCCCCCCUCGCCCGCCGAAAGCAGCCAGUCCAUCAUGUCCCUCCCCAAACUGCAGCAGGUCCCGGGUCUCCACCCUCAAGCCGUCCCCCAGCCCGACGUGGCCCUGCACGCCCGACCGGCCACCAGCACCGUCACAGGGUUGGGGCUGGCUUCCCGUGCGCCAGCGGUCAGCACCUCCGAAUCCAGCACGGGGACAGGGACCACCACCCCAUCGACUCCCACCUCCACCAGCCAGAGCCGCCUCAUCGCCUCCUCGCCCACCCUAAUCUCAGGAAUCACCAGCCCUCCCCUCCUCGACUCCAUAAAGACAAUCCAGGGCCACGGCUUGCUGGGGGCACCCAAGGCAGAACGAGGCCGUAAGAAGAUCAAAGCGGAAAAUCCCUCGGGACCGCCGGUCCUGGUGGUGCCCUAUCCCAUCCUGGCCUCGGGGGAGACCGCCAAAGAGGGAAAGACGUACAGGUGUAAGGUCUGCCCCUUGACGUUCUUCACCAAGUCGGAGAUGCAGAUCCACUCCAAGUCGCACACAGAGGCCAAGCCCCACAAGUGCCCCCAUUGCUCCAAAUCCUUUGCCAACGCCUCCUACCUGGCCCAGCACCUGCGCAUCCACCUGGGUGUCAAACCGUACCACUGCUCCUACUGCGAGAAGUCUUUCCGCCAGCUGUCCCACCUCCAGCAGCACACCAGAAUCCACACCGGCGACAGACCCUACAAGUGCCCGCACCCUGGCUGCGAAAAGGCCUUCACGCAACUCUCCAACCUCCAGUCUCACCAGCGACAGCACAACAAGGACAAGCCCUACAAGUGCCCCAACUGCUACCGGGCGUACACGGACUCGGCCUCGCUGCAGAUCCACCUCUCGGCUCACGCCAUCAAGCACGCCAAGGCCUACUGCUGCAGCAUGUGCGGCCGCGCCUAUACCUCGGAGACCUAUUUGAUGAAGCACAUGUCCAAACACACCGUGGUGGAACACCUGGUCAGCCAACACUCGCCGCAGAGGACGGAGUCACCCGGCAUUCCCGUACGGAUCUCCCUCAUCUAACCGGGGACGCCUUCAGCAUCGGUGGAGGGAAAACGUGGUGGGGGGGGAUGUGUGUGUGAAAACAGGACACCCCCACAUGGAGGAGGAAGAGGAGGAGGAAGAGGAAGCAAACCCAACCCGCAGCACCCCAGCCCUGGCCAGGAGCCCGGCGGGACGUGCCCGGGGCCGUGUCCCCCCCCUGCCCCCCCCCGCCAGCUCCGGGUCCCCGCAGGUUUGGUGACACCCAAAGACGGUUUCAGAGCACUUUGAAUCUCUGCGGUUUGGUUUAUUUUUUUUUUUUGGGGGGGGGGGGGGGUCGGGGGGAGGGGAGGUUUCUCCUCCUCGAGUCCCUGCCCCCCCUCCUCAGUUUUUGGAUACAAAUAUAUAUAUAUAUUUAUUGGCCAAGAAGUUGGUGCUGCUAAGAACAGAAAUAAGACCCAAAACGAACCGUGGAUGGAGCAAAAAAUGAAGCUGGGGGGGGGGGGGGGGGGUGUCCUCCCCCCCUUCCUGCCCUGCACCCCUGCCCCCCCCCCGGACUCUCCAGCGGGAGCAGACAGGACUCAGGCAGGGGACUGCAGCGGCCGCCACCUCCUUGGGGACAUUUGGGGUUUAUUUUUAACCAUUUUGGGUUUUUUGCGGGGGGGGGGGCUCUUUUGAGGGAGAAGCCGGCAAGCAGAGUGGCGUCCCUCCGGGGCCGGAUCUGACCCCCCCCCUAUUCCCAGGAUCCCCCAAAAAUCCAUCGGGGUGGGGUGGGAGGAGGAAUCGCUUUGCCUUGUGCCUGCCGGCCCCGGGCGCCUGUACAUAAACCCAUGUAUAGAGGCGGGGAGGGGGGGUCACGCCACUCCCCCCCCCCGCAGAGCCGCGACAAAAAACUCAUCUAUAUUCUGUACUCUUUGGUUCCGGUUUUGGAUAUUAACUGUGUUAUUUUUUUAUACACUUUUUAAGCCUUAACUCAUCGUUUAUUUUGGGUUUUUUUCGCCAGGGUGUUUUAUUUACCUUCUGUUUAUUAAUUUUUACCCCCCCCUCAUUAUUUUUUAUUCCCCCCACCCCGAUUCCUCGUUUCCCCCCUCGAUGUUGUACGAUACUCAAUAUUGUAAUCUUUUUUGUCAGCAUGUUAAUACCGUGUAAAUAUGCCUCUUAUACACUUAACACCCCCCCCCCCCCCCCCCGCCCUGUGGCUCCCCCCCCCCCCCAAGUUUUGGGGCUUUUUUUAUUUUCCUCGAUGGAAAUCCAGGCCACGUGUCCCUAGAGCUAGUUCUUACCUUAUUAAAAAAGGCGAAAAACAAAAAAAAAAAAAAAA